AUGUUAUGCUGUCAAAACAAGAAAAAUGAAACCGCUCUUCACAUAGCAGCUAACGAGUGGCACACUGAAGUAGUACGUGUGCUACUUGCAUGUGUCAAAGAUCAUAAUACUAAGGAGAAACUCACGAGGAUGACGGAUGAUAGUGGAGAUACAGCCCUGCACAAGGUCAUGCGGAGCCAACAUCUAGAUGUGGUUAAGCUCUUGGUGAAAGAAGAUCCUGAAUUUGAAUUUCCACCUAACCAUGUGCAGGAGACACCACUCUAUCUGGCGGAUGAAUCUGGUUUUCAUGAUGCUUUGAUUAUCAUCUUGAAAUCCUUCAAGAAACCAACUUACGCUGCACAUCGAUCAAAUAGAACGCCUCUGCAUGCAGCAGUAAUUCAGAAACAUAAAGGUACAUAA